AUGGAUACUUUUCUUAUUGCAAACAAUCUGGCACCAUGUACAUCCAACGUAACACUACUCGGUUUUGUAGAAGAGGAACGGGAAGAUGAAAUUGAGGAUGAUGCGAUUGGGAAUGCAGUGAGUGUAGCUUCAUGGAGAUCGAGAAUAUCGUCGCCAACACCGUCUACAUUAAGGCUCGAGAAACCUCUGAAGCCGACGUUGGGCAGCAAAAAAGCCUCAUUCUUUCUUAUGGCAACACCCAAAUGUACAUCGCAUAGUUCGCACUCCAUAAGUGGCGGUCAAAAGAAAGGGAAGAGUAAAAAGUGGAAGAAUUAUUUGCAGUUCCCGCACUACACGGAAUGUUUAUACCUCAGAUCGGAGAUUGAUGUCAGCUAUAGUUAUGUGGUCGAAAAGCAACCAAUCGGUAAAUUGCUUUUUGAGCAAUUCUGUAACACAGAUGCACGAUAUGCAAGAGCAUGGGCCUUUUUAUGUAAAGUUGAAGAAUACGAAACAUCUGACGAUGAUGGCAAAAGUCGCCGAUUAUUGGCCAAAUCAAUUGCCUCACUUUUGUCAAUAGAGAAUGACGCACCCUGUUCGUCCAAUGAUUCACUGUGGUGCAGCUUCUUAUCGGAAGAUUAUAUACAGAAAUUCAUUACCACUGCCAAUGAUGCGUCACAGGAAUCUGAACCGUCUAGUGGCAUAUUUUUCGAAGCAUACAAAAGUGUGCGAUCAUUCCUUGCUGAUCGAUCUUUUCGAAAAUUCUUGGAAUCGCGUUAUUUUCACCGUUAUUUACAGUGGAAAUGGUUGGAGAAAAGGCCUGUAGAUAAGCAUACAUUUCGUUUAUACCGGGUACUUGGAAAAGGAGGUUUCGGAGAAGUUUGCGCUUGUCAAGUCAGAGCUUCUGGGAAAAUGUACGCUUUGAAAAAAUUGGAAAAGAAGAGGGUGAAAAAAAGGCAUGCGGAGACUCUCAGUCUAAAUGAAAAGCAAAUCCUGCAGAAAAUCAAUUCUCCGUUUGUGAGUUUGAUUGUGAAAGUGGAAUUGGCGGCUGACAGAAUGAGUGCUUCGGCAAAUUGUAUUGAGUAUGCAACCACACCAUUGGUUAGCCUUGCAUAUGCAUAUGAAACAAAGGAUGCUUUAUGCUUAGUUUUGACGCUUAUGAAUGGAGGAGAUCUGAAAUUUCACUUAUACAAUUUAAUACCUGGUGGAUUUGAAGAAAAACGAGUGCAAUUUUAUGCUGCUGAAAUCACUCUCGGCUUGCAACAUUUACACAAGGAGCAUAUCAUUUACAGAGACCUAAAACCAGAAAAUAUUCUUCUUGAUGAUUAUGGGCAUGUCCGAAUAUCCGACUUAGGACUUGCAGUUGAAUUAAGAGAUAAUGAACCUAUAAAAGGACGUGUUGGCACAGUUGGCUAUAUGGCGCCAGAAGUUAUCAAAAAUGAACGUUAUUCAUAUGGUGUCGAUUGGUGGGGAUUGGGCUGCCUAAUAUAUGAAAUGAUGGAAGGAAAGGCGCCUUUUCGGCAACGGAAGGAAAAAGUAAAACGUGAAGAAGUGGAACGACGAGUCCGUGAGGAUCAAGAAAAAUAUUCGGAUAAAUUUAGUGAAUCUGGCAGGACUAUAUGCAGAGGUCUUCUACACAAAGAACCAGGCUUUAGACUUGGAUGUCGCAGAGUUGGUAAACCAGAAGAAGGUGCUGAAGAGUUAAAAAGUCAUCCUUUUUUUUCACAAGGAGAUGUGAAUACGGGUAGGGAACCAAUUCCUUGGAAGAAAAUGGAAGCUGGAAAGUUGACACCACCGUUUUGUCCUGAUCCCAGAGCUGUGUACGCCAAAGAUGUGCUUGACAUCGAGCAAUUCAGCACUGUUAAAGGUGUAAGAUUAGAUGCAACAGAUAAUCAGUUUUAUGGAAAAUUCAGCACAGGAUCUGUUUCAAUACCAUGGCAAAAUGAGAUGAUUGAAACAGAAUGUUUCCGAGAGCUCAACGUGAUGGAGGAGAAUGGUGAACUAGUGUUGGAUUUGCGUAAUGACCCGAUUAGAGGUGAAAAUAGCAAAAACGAAUCUAAUAAUAAAUUUGGAUUUCUUGCACGAUUGUUCAAGCGGAAA